UAAAUACACUAUAUUGCUAAAAGUAUUGGGACAUCCCUCCAAAUCAUGUGAUUCAGGUGUUCCAAUCAGCUCCAUGGCCACAGGUGUAUAAAAUCAAGCCCCUAGGCAUGCAGAUUGCUUCUACAAACAUUUGUGAAAGAAUGGGUCGCUCUCAGGAGCUCAGUGAAUUCAAGCGUGGUACCGUGAUAGGUUGUCGCCUGUGUAAUAAGUCCAUCCGUGACAUUUCCUUGUUACUAAAUAUUCCGCAGUCACCUGUUAGUGGUAUUAUAACAAAGUGGAAGCAACUGGGAACAACAGCAACUCAGCCACAAAGUGGUAGCCAUGUAAAAUGAUAGAGAAGGGUCAGCGCAUGCUGAAUCGCAGAAGUCCCCAACUGUCUGCAGAGUCAAUAGCUAAAGAACUCCAAGCUUGGUGUGGCCUUCAGAUUAGCCCAACAACAGUGCAUAGAGAGCUUCAUGGAAUGGGUUUCCAUGGCCGAGCAGCUGCAUCCAAGCCUUCCAUCAAAAAGUGCAAUGCAAAGCUACGGAUGCAGUGGUGUAAAGCACACCGCCACUGGACUCUA